AUGGACCUGAUUCCAAACUUUUCCACAGAAACAUGGGCCCUGCUGGCUACCGUCCUGGUGCUCCUCUACCUGUACGGGACCUCUUCUCAUGGACUUUUUAAGAAGAUAGGGAUUCCUGGCCCCAAACCUCUGCCUUUUGUUGGGACGAUGCUUAACUAUAGGAGGGGUAUGUGGAAAUAUGAUACAGAAUGCCAUAAAAAGUAUGGAGAUAUGUGGGGGCUAUAUGAUGGACUCCUCCCUGUGCUGGUAAUCACACAACCAGACAUGAUCAAGAAAGUGCUAGUGAAAGAAUUUUAUUCUAUCUUCACAAAUCGAAUUUUACUUGGUCCACCAGGAUUUAUGAAAAAAGGCAUAGUAAGAUCUAAGAAUGAAGAAUGGAAAAGAAUUCGAUCAUUACUGACACCAACCUUUAGCAGUGGGAAAUUGAAGGAGAUGUUCCCCAUCAUCCAAGAGUAUGGAGACACGAUGGUGAAAAAUAUGAGUCAGGAAGUAGAGAAAGGCAAAAAUGUUACCAUGAAAGUCAUCUUUGGGGCCUACAGCAUGGAUGUGAUCACAGGUACCUUAUUUGGAGUGAAGGUGGAUUCCCUCAACAAUCCCCAGGAUCCCUUUGUGAAAAACACCAGAAAGCUUUUUGUAUUUGAUUUUUUCAAUCCAUUGCUUUUCUCUGAAGCACUCUUUCCAAUCCUUUCUAGAAUAUACAACAAACUAAACAUCUGCAUGUUUCCAAGUGAUGCUACAUCAUUUUUUAAGAAAUUUAUAGAAAAGAACAAAAAAGAUCGACUUGAAAAUACCCAAGAGCACCGAGUGGAUUUUCUUCAGCUGAUGAUGAACUCCCAGAAUUCCAAAGACACGGAAUCCCAUAAACCUCUUUCUGACCUAGAGAUCCUGGCCCAAUCAAUCACAUUUAUUUCUGCUGGCUAUGAGACAACAAGCACUGCUCUUUCCUUUAUUACAUAUUUACUGGCAAUUCACCCCCAUGUUCAGAAGAAACUUCAGCAUGAGAUUGAUGCAGUCCUGCCCAAUAAGGCACCUGCCACUUAUGAAUCCCUGGUAGAGAUGGAAUACCUGGACAUGGUGGUAAAUGAAACAAUGAGAUUAUAUCCAGUUGCUAACAGGGUUAACAGACUCAGUAAGAAAGAUGCUGAAAUCAAUGGUGUGCUUAUUCCCAAAGGGACAGUGGUGGUCAUACCUAUCUUUGUUCUUCACCGAGAUCCAAAAUACUGGCCAGAGCCUGAGAAAUUCUGUCCUGAAAGGUUCAGCAAGGAGAAUAAAGAUAGAAUUAAUCCUUAUACAUACCUGCCUUUUGGAUAUGGUCCUAGAAACUGCAUUGGCAUGAGGUUUGCUCUCAUCAACAUGAAGCUUGCCAUUGUCAAAAUCCUCCAGAACUUUUCCCUGCAUCCUUGUGAAGAAACAGAGGUUCCCUUGAAAUUCGGUAAGAAAAUAACUAAUGCUCCAGAAAAGCCGAUUGUCCUGAAGAUUAUAUCAAGAAAUGGAACCAUAAAUGAUGGUUGA